AUGGACCCGGUCCCUGAAAAGGAUGAGCCGAUAUCAAUUCCGAGAGAUUCUUUCACUGCUUUUCGUCUUAUGUAUGCGCCAGCAGAUGAAGUCAGCAAACUUUCCCAAUGUGUAUUCUUAGGACCAGUGCCUGAUUUAUGGUGGGGUGGAGAGCAAAUGGGUCUCUUUGCUAGUCUUUCACACUGGUGCAAAAGCCUGGUGAAACGUAACUUCAAUUCCACCACACAGCUAGUCAAUGCUGCUCUUCGAUUGUACGAGCAGCUGUCGCCAGAAAUUGUUUCGCAGCCACUAAGCGAAGAUCUGCAGUUUCAAACGCUCUACAACAACGUUGCGGACUCAAAAUUGCUGUCUGUGUAUCGAAAUGUCUUAGAGGACUCGGAUUUUGAAGAUGACCUGACUUCUCUGAAAAACCUCAACUUAUACCAAAUGGAGACUCCCGUAUCAUGUUGUGACGAAAGAGAAAGGAUAACACCGAGAACAAGUACUUCAAAACAGCCACCUGUUCCAAAUAUCGCCGUUAACCUGACCCUUCUCCCGCUGAAGUCUCAGUCUCCUUCCUUGAGAAGUGGGGAUUCGUCUCUCUUUAACACAGUUCCAGCGCUUACGCAUCUGACUUCUAGUAUUGGCCACAAUCCGAAAGUACGGUUUGAGUCCGCUAGCAAUAAACCUCUGCCGCAUGAUUCUUACAUUUCUUUUACGCUUCCUACUCCAAGAAAGCAAGAGGAAAUUGACGAUACAGAGUAUGCUCGCGUAGAGCAUGACUUCAUUAGAAAAAUCAAUCAGAUCCAUUAUCUUGCAUCGAAGUCCAAAAAGAAGGCUAGCCGGAGUAGGCAGUUAGUGAAAAAGAAAGUUACUGUCAACUUCUUGAAGAAUUACAAGGCUGGUGAUAUCCUUCGCAUAGACAAAAUGCUUGUGACCAUAAACAAUGAAGGCAUUGCAGAGCAACCCGGGACGAACUCGAAUGAUGUUACAACAAAAGAUCGAAUGCGUGAAUACGACGUCCUUCUCCGCAAGGGGUCAAAGUCUGAAUACCCGCUCGUGGUACAGCUCUACGACGUGUCGAGGAGAGGUGACUUUUCUGGUCGUCCUGACCACUCUCUUAAUAUCCAGCGUGAAACAACAGUUCAUCUUUACUCGAGUGUGGAAAAAUCUUUUCGGAUCAUUGAUCCGCGUAAAGGUGGUCGCAUAGUUUAUAUCAUGAUUCCACGCUACUCCAGUGCCUGCUUUAUGUGGGAUAUCUCUUGUGCAAAGUAUCUUGGGCGACAUCUUUGUUCCAAUAAUUACUGUUAA